GAAGAGAAGAGAAGAAGACAGAGAGAUUGAUUCAUGGUAAACUCGUGUGAUUGUGUGCGUUUCUCCCUUUUCACAGCCUGCUCACUCUCAUUUCAUCUCACAUUUAAACUCGCUUUAUUUCUGAUAAGAUGGACAUGAAGAAGAGGAUUCACUUGGAGCUGCGGAACAGGACGCCGUCAGACGUGUGUGAGUUGGUGCUUGAUAACUGUCGCUCUGAUGAGGGGAAGGUCGAGGGUCUGACGUCUGAGUUUGUGAACCUGGAGUUCCUCAGUCUGAUUAACGUGGGUCUGACGUCGAUCUCCAACCUCCCCAAACUGCACAAACUCAAGAAGUUGGAGCUGAGUGAUAACCGGAUCUCGGCUGGUCUGGAUAUUCUGGCGGAGAAGCUGCCCAACCUCACACACCUCAACCUGAGUGGCAACAAACUGAAGGACCUGAGCAUGCUGGAGCCACUGAGGGAUCUGCCACGUCUGAAGAGUCUGGACCUGUUUAACUGUGAGGUCACGACCCUGGAUGAUUACAGGGCGAGUGUGUUUAAGCUCCUCCCCCAGAUCACCUACCUGGAUGGCUACGACCCCGAGGACCGAGAGGUUAGCGACUCGGACGCGGAGGGAGGUGAUGAGGAUGAGGAUGAAGUGAACUCUGAGGAAGAUGAGGAUGAAGAUGGAGAAGAUGAUGAGGACGAGGAAAACGAUGAAGAGGAGGAGGAUGAUGAAGAGGAGGAAGACUCGGGUCAGGAGGAUGGUGAGGAUGAUGAGGAGGAAGAUGAUGAUGAUGAGGAGGAAGAUGAGGACGAGUGUAAAGGAGAAAAGAGGAAACGAGACCCAGAGGAUGAAGAUGAUGAUGAAGAUGAUGAUGAUGAUUGAGUUCCGUGUGUGUGUGUGUGUGUGUGUGUGUGAGAGAGAGAGAGAGAGAGAGAGAGAGAGGAGUUUUAAUGUGUUAUUUUUUUAAACCCCACUCAGACCCCAUGUUGAAGUUCUCUCCUGACUUUUUUUGGUUUGUUUUACAUUUCUGUUUUUCAUCCAGAUUGAGUACAGACUUUGUAAAUAAAAUGUGUUUUCUAAGAGUCAA